AUGACCCCUCCUGAUCCAACGGAACCUUCAAUGUCACUAAAUAAGGAUAAUUCCUCCGUGGGUACUGCUAUUCAUGUCAUUUCCACAGAGCGCGCAGCCCUUGCACACCUCGAGCGCCUCUAUCAAACGGAUCAACUUGCGCAGGAACACCUGGCCCGCGCAGUCAACCAGAUUGCUCAGACCAUCCAUAAUGGAGGCAAGCUUGUCUGCUGUGGAGUGGGGAAGAGUGGGAAGAUUGCUCAAAAACUAGAGGCCACUAUGAACAGCUUAGGGAUAUACAGUACUUUUCUUCAUCCCACUGAAGCCCUGCACGGCGAUCUUGGCGUGAUUCGUCCCAAUGAUACCCUUCUGUUGAUUUCCUUCUCGGGGCGCACACCUGAGCUACUCCUCCUCCUUCCUCAUAUUCCAACGACGGUUACCGUGAUCGCCAUCACCUCCCAUCUCCACCCGUCAACCUGCCCGCUCUUAUCCUUUCAUCCAUCCCAUAUGAGCAUUCUCCUUCCUGCCCCUAUCCAUGAGGAUGAAGAAACCUCUAUUGGGGUGUGUGCCCCGACAUCCUCAACCACCGUUGCCUUGUCGCUAGGCGAUGCCCUCGCUAUAGCUACCGCUCGGCGGCUGCAUAGGUCCCCGGGCAAGGGUCCUGCAGAGGUCUUCAAGAGUCACCAUCCUGGCGGCGCAAUUGGGGCUGCAUCUACUGCUUCAACACCAAUGAGCAUGUCCGCUGUCUCAUUCACCUCAACCCCGUCGGACUUUCUCCCCGUUCGGCAACCGGUUCCUCCAUUUUCCACGCGGGAGGAGUUUCCUCAGCGUCCACUCCUUGUCGAUAUGAUGGUUCCCCUCGACCAGAUACCUACCAUGUCUUCGGCAGGCAAAGUCCGCAUCCUGGAUAUCCUACUCACGGCAAUUCAGCAUCCCAACGCAAAAUCUUGGGUGUUUGCCUCUCCAUCCGAGAUUAUUCCUCCUCGACAACUCCGCUUUCUGUCUCAAGGCAGCUACGUCGACAUGGACGUCUCUGCACUCGCAGACGUGGGCUCUCCUUACUUAGUCUCGCGGAAGGACUGGCUCCGGGUCCCAGAGUCCUGUACUGUCAAUGAAGCCAAGCGACUUGCAUCCAUCGACCCACCCGUGACUGUGAUCGCCGUCAUGCGAGGGACGAGUAAUUCGGGCGAAUGUUUGGGUGUAGUCGAGGCUGAAGAUCUGUGGAACGACUGUACUGACUGA